AUGGACAUCAUCUGGCGCACGAACCUGGUCUCCUACUUCCACGUCUGUGCCGCGACCAUCCUGGCGAGUGUCUACGACUAUGUUCUGACGUUCCGGAGAGAGAUCGAGCAUAUCUGGGGCUCGCGCUUGAGCGUAGCCAAGAUCCUGUUCUUCCUGACGCGAUAUUCAGCGUUCCUGGACAUCACAGUGAUGAUGUGCUUUCUAUUCGUCAAACACCCAUCUGGCCCUGAAUGCAGCCUCUUGUUCAAGCUGUUUGCUUGGCUUGUCUCGUGGGGACUAGCACUCUCAGAACUCCUGAUCAUUCUCCGAACGUGGGCUCUUUGGGCAUGCGAUAGACGCAUCGGGAUCGGUCUCGGGCUCCUGUUGACCGUGGGCCAGAUCGUCAACUGCGUGGCUGAUGCGAGAUUUCAGCAAUCGCUGACCUUCGAGCCCAUGGCGAACUUUCUAUCGCACGUGGAUAGGGGUUGUGUCAUGACUGGCGGCAGCCGCAUCCUCCUUGUGGGAUGGGGGCUGCUCAUAGCCUUCGAUACGCCUGUAUCUUUGGCCAAUGUGGUGAUAGUCUCAGUCGCCCCCGCCGAGUAUACCAACCUUCUUGCAUCGGUUCAGCGCGUACUAUAUGGGAUCUUUCCCUCGCGCAUACUUCUCAACAUUCGCCAAGCCUCCCAGAUGCACGAUGAGCCGACCUCACGCUGGUCCCAAGUGCUUGGUCCCGGGCUUUCGUUCGCGAGGUACGAUGCAGAUGAUGAUCGCGUACACGAGGAGGGAGAGCAGUGA